AUGGAAAUAUCUCAACAAUUCAUCCGCUUAGAAAGCCUGGUAGACGUCGAAACCGCCGGCCAAGGUCUAGAAUGCCUCGUCUACAAAGCAACAAGUCCAACCUACGGCUCAGUUGUUCUCAAGAUACCACGAGUCAAAGUCUACCAAAACGCCAAUGACUUCAACGUUGAGGCCAAAGAUUUGAUUCGGCAAGAAAUUUACAUAUAUCGUCUUCUUCAGGACGGGUCGGUUCCUGUGCCUAAGCCGUACAAGUACCUCGAACAUGAUGGAUAUCCGGCCAUGCUGUGCGAAUAUGUGGACGAUGAUGGAACAGACAUCACUUGUGAGGAGAUGGGUCGUGUGGUAGCACUGAUACAUUCUACACCCUUGGAUAACCCACUGUUCAAGACGGUGGCCUCGGAGACGCCGGAUGUUUUUUUGACAAUGGAACAAAGAUUGCAACGGCGCUUCUCUGUUUUAUCAACGACGGUUCCCGAGGCUUCAACCUGGAUACAAGACUGGAGUCAUAUCCACGCCAUACUCAGCGGCCUAAAACGCUUUCCGUCGAGUCUUUUGCACAUGGACUUCCGCGACGUCAAUCUUCGUCACAACAAAGGUCGCAUUAGUGCUGUCAUUGAUUGGACCAAUGCGCUCAUAGGCCCAGCAGCUAUUGAUAUUUAUCGCACUCUGGAGUUCAGCCAGCUUGGAGGGGGCUUCAUCAAAGGAUACUCCGAGGUGGCAACAUUUCCUGAAGUGACUGCGCAAGAAGAGUGUUUGCUUCGACUAGAUGCUGCGCUUGUGCUGGCGUUGGUAUUUACGUGCGAAGCCCCGGAUCCUGUGAGGGGAGAAGCUGCGGUGAAUAGAGUGAAGGAGCUUUCGGAAAGUCUUUUCAAGUAA